AUGUUCCUCCUCCCUUCAACGCUGUCCUCCCAAUCCUUCUUCCCACCCUGGUGUGCACUCACUCCACCAUGUUCCUCCUCCCUUCAACGCUGUCCUCCCAAUCCUUCUUCCCACCCUGGUGUGCACUCACUCCACCAUGUUCCUCCUCCCUUCAACGCUGUCCUCCCAAUCCUUCUUCCCACCCUGGUGUGCACUCACUCCACCAUGUUCCUCCUCCCUUCAACGCUGUCCUCCCAAUCCUUCUUCCCACCCUGGUGUGCACUCACCAUAGUCAUGUUCCUCCUCCCUUCAACACUGUCCUCCCAAUCCUUCUUCCCACCCUGGUGUGCACUCACUCCACCAUGUUCCUCCUCCCUUCAACGCUGUCCUCCCAAUCCUUCUUCCCACCCUGGUGUGCACUCACUCCAUCAUGUUCCUCCUCCCUUCAACGCUGACCUCCCAAUCCUUCUUCCCACCCUGGUGUGCACUCACUCCACCAUGUUCCUCCUCCCUUCAACACUGUCCUCCCAAUCCUUCUUCCCACCCUGGUGUGCACUCACUCCACCAUGUUCCUCCUCCCUUCAACGCUGUCCUCCCAAUCCUUCUUCCCACCCUGGUGUGCACUCACUCCACCAUGUUCCUCCUCCCUUCAACGCUGUCCUCCCAAUCCUUCUUCCCACCCUGGUGUGCACUCACUCCAUCAUGUUCCUCCUCCCUUCAACGCUGACCUCCCAAUCCUUCUUCCCACCCUGGUGUGCACUCACUCCACCAUGUUCCUCCUCCCUUCAACGCUGUCCUCCCAAUCCUUCUUCCCACCCUGGUGUGCACUCACUCCACCAUGUUCCUCCUCCCUUCAACGCUGUCCUCCUAAUCCUUCUUCCCACCCUGGUGUGCACUCACUCCACCAUGUUCCUCCUCCCUUCAACGCUGUCCUCCCAAUCCUUCUUCCCACCCUGGUGUGCACUCACUCCACCAUGUUCCUCCUCCCUUCAACGCUGUCCUCCCAAUCCUUCUUCCCACCCUGGUGUGCACUCACUCCACCAUGUUCCUCCUCCCUUCAACGCUGUCCUCCCAAUCCUUCUUCCCACCCUGGUGUGCACUCACUCCACCAUGUUCCUCCUCCCUUCAACGCUGUCCUCCCAAUCCUUCUUCCCACCCUGGUGUGCACUCACUCCACCAUGUUCCUCCUCCCUUCAACGCUGUCCUCCCAAUCCUUCUUCCCACCCUGGUGUGCACUCACCAUAG